AUGGAAAAUGUGUGCCUGUUCCUGAACUUGGCUAAUGAUCCUACUAUCGAACGUAUCAUUACUCCUCGAUUAGCUUUGACAGCUGCCGAGUUCUUCGCAUAUCAAUGCGAAAAACACGUUUUGGUCGUACUGACUGAUAUGUCCUCAUAUGCAGAGGCUUUGCGAGAGGUGUCUGCUGCUCGAGAGGAAGUACCCGGUCGUCGAGGAUUCCCAGGUUACAUGUACACUGAUUUGGCGACAAUUUACGAACGAGCCGGUCGAGUAGAGGGACGUGAUGGAUCUAUCACUCAGAUUCCUAUUCUCACAAUGCCUAAUGACGACAUUACUCACCCCAUUCCGGAUCUGACUGGUUACAUCACUGAAGGACAGAUUUACGUCGAUCGUCAACUUCACAACAGACAGAUCUACCCACCAAUUAAUGUAUUGCCCUCGCUGUCUCGACUAAUGAAAUCCGCCAUUGGCGAAGGAAUGACUCGUGUUGAUCACGCCGAUGUUUCUAAUCAGUUGUACGCUUGUUAUGCCAUUGGUAAAGAUGUGCAAGCUAUGAAAGCUGUAGUGGGUGAGGAAGCCCUUUCGUCUGAUGACCUCCUAUACCUCGAAUUCUUGGGAAAGUUCGAGAAAAACUUCAUUGCACAAGGAAACUACGAGAAACGAGAUGUAUUCGAAUCACUAGACAUUGGAUGGCAACUUCUUCGUAUCUUCCCCCGAGAAAUGUUGAAACGAAUACCAGAAAGCAUUCUUGACAAAUACUAUCCUAGAGGAGGAGCGAAAACUGUAGAAGCAAAUUAG